CAUAACCACAAGAACGCGCUCAAUGUCAUAAGAUCAAAAGCAAUGGACAUCAAUACGAUCGACACGCUCGCUUCAAGAACUGAAAGCCCGACCCCUUUAGGGAACAUUUCUAAAGGCUCUAGCCCGAAACCAAUGUAUCCAACACGAUGCGUCCAUACCAUUUCUCAAGAUGACAAUUCAGUGUUGUCACUUGCUGCCAGCGAUACUUACUUGUUUAGUGGCAGUCAAAGUUCUCGAAUUCACGUGUGGGAUUUACAAAAUUUCUCCUUGGUGACGAGUCUCGUUGGGCACCGAGGAAGUGUAUUAGCUCUGACACUUUCUCCCGAUCAGCGCUUGCUAUUCAGUUGUUCAGGGGACGGCACGAUUCGGGUUUGGGAUACAGCGACGUUACGAUGUGUCUAUCUAAUCCAAUCCUGUCAUGACGUGGGUGACAUUUUCUCGAUGGUAUAUUCGGCAACAGCUAAUAUGCUGAUCUUCGGAAAUCAAAACACGAGUAUUCAGUGGUUUGACUUAACAGAUCCUCAAACAAACGGAUCCGCGGGCAACGUACCGGUGAUCCCAAUUAAUCCCCGUAGCUCUGCGUCUCAAAAAUCAAAGUUUUUCGGAGCGCCAUCCUAUGAAGAUAUUGUUGAGGAAGUAGAUAGGUUUCCAACAGAGGAAUAUCUGGUCAAAUGUGUGAUUCGUGAGAAGAAUGUCCGUUCCAAUGCGCAUGAUGGUUAUGUAUACUGCUUGUUACACGCUGUUGAUAUACCAAAUGUCGACGGUGAAGUGGUUUUGAGUGGUUCGGGUGAUGGAGAUGUUAAGAUCUGGAGUAUCUCCAACUCCACAUUAAAACUACUCAAUACUCUACGUGGUGAUACGGACAAAGGGGUCUUAUCGAUGGCUAUCUCUGAGGACGGCUAUUUGUUCUGUGGUGUGCAGGGUGGCGACGUCCAGAUCUGGGAUUUGGAAACAAAUCAACUCAUCCGCUCAAUGAUGGCACAUUCUGAUGACGUUCUAGCCGUAGCAAUCAGAGGGCCCGGAUUCGUGAGUGCUUCAGCGGAUGGAACCAUCAAGGUGUGGAACGAGGAGUUUGAGUUUCGUGAAUGUAUGGAUGACCAUGAUGGUAUUGUCUUGUCCAUGAUCUGCUCUCAGGAUUAUUUGAUAACUGGCAGUAGCGACCACUCCAUCAAAUUUUGGGAUAUGCCAUCACCUGUGAAGCCUGUCGAACAUUUUCGACGUAAUAGUAUCGUACAAGAUGCUCCUUCAAGUGACACUCUUCUGUAUGUACUCGAUAAGUGGAUUUCAAUGCGUACUGUAAGCGGCUCCCCCAAAUGUAUGGAAGAAUGCCGUCGGGGAGCCCGGUUUUUGAAAAAUGUUCUACAACAGCUUGGGGCUGUCAGUCGCAUGAUACCUGGUAUUACUGGUCGCAAUCCAUUGGUGUACGGUCGGUUCUCGGCAAGACGCACAAGCAAUGCCGGAAUAACUGCGGAAUCAAAGGUGCCCACAGUGCUUGUUUAUGGCCACUAUGACGUGAUUGCAGCACAAAACGAUAAGCAACAAUGGAACACGGAUCCGUUUAAACUUACUGGUAAAAACGGGUAUCUUUACGGAAGAGGAACUAGUGACAAUAAGGGCCCAGUGCUGGCAUCUAUCUUUGCUGUUUAUGAGCUUCUCAAGGAAGGUCAAUUGGAUGUGAAUGUGAUCUUUUUGGUAGAAGGAGAAGAAGAGAACGGAAGUUUAGGAUUCCAAGAUGCAGUGAACAAAUACAAGGAUCUUUUUGCGGAUGUGGAUCUGAUCUUGUUAAGCAAUUCAUAUUGGCUAGGCGAAGAUGUUCCAUGCAUCACAUACGGCCUGCGUGGCGUUAUUCAUGCAUCCAUUAAAAUAUCUAACACAUUAUCAGAUCUUCAUUCGGGUGUGGAAGGCGGUGCGGUAUCCGAGCCUCUCAUCGAUUUGAUCCAUGUUACCGGUAGAUUAGUAGACAAUAACAAGCAUGUACUAGUACCAGGGUUUUAUGAUGAUGUCAGUCAAGUAACUGAUGCUGAAAAGAGGUUAUACGAUCCUAUCGUUACCUGGCUACAAACAUCUGAGACUGCGCUGUCGCAAUCGCGGACACAACAUUCGGCCAUCACAUCUCCAACACUUUCGGACAAAUCAAAAACCGAUAGCGACUCGCCUUGCAGCGAUAAACGACCCAAUAUCAGGCCAACACAAUAUCCACUCGACACUGAUAGACUAAAGCAGGAACUCAUGGCACGAUGGCGUUUCCCGACACUCUCGGUACACAAAAUUGACGUUUCAAUAAGCAAUCGAACGAUUAUCCCGAGAUGCGCAACGGCUUGUGUCAGUAUGCGUAUUGUUCCAGAUCAGUCCAUUGAAGACAUUGCUGCCAAGUUUGAGGAUUAUGUUCGCCAAGUGUUUGCAGACAUGAAUUCCGAAAAUGAAAUUUCCGUUGAGAUCCAAAGCUCAGCAGAGUACUGGCUAGGUAAUCCCGAAAGCAGAUACUUUAAGGCUGUAGAAAAAGCAAUCCACAAGGAAUGGAACAUGAAGCCGCUGUACAUUCGAGAAGGUGGAUCGAUUCCAGCAGUUCGCUUCCUGGAGAAAUUUUGUAAUGCACCUGCGGUCCACUUACCAAUGGGUCAGGCAUCUGACCAAGCACAUUUGCAUAAUGAGCGGAUACGUUUGCGCAAUUUACAUGCUGGUCGUCGGAUCAUCAAGUCACUUUUACAGGACUUGGCAGCAUCAUCGGAUACCUAGUAGAGUGUGUGGGCUGUAAAUCUACAAGAUAACAAUAGAGAUAUGGGGAAAAAAGGAAGUAAUUGACAGAGUGACAUCAAUAAUGUUAUUACCAUCAGUAUGACUCGUAUAUAAUUCAUGCAAUCGCUGCCAACCCUGAAUUUGUAAAUACUACGCACUGACCACGUUGGUAGAAAAUAAGAAAAUGUACAAGA